AUUUCAGGAAUGUGCUUGUCUAGACCUAUGAGGUUUCCUAGAUACUUCUUGUGACUUGAAUGCAGAAUUUUGAUGAGCUCUGGAUAGAUAGAUUAGGAAAUCUCGUCACUAAAGUACUCAUUAGGUCUGGUUGACUAAGUAGAGCUGAUCCAGGAGCAGGCAGAUUGCUUCCGAGAGACUCAGUCCAGAAAAACAGCUCUGUAGCAGGGGGCUCUUGACACCACAGUAUAUUCUGGGGAGCUGCUCUGCAGUAAUGCAGCCCUGUCUUUCUGGGCAGUGUUGUUAUUCCUGCUGCAUAAUUAGCAACUAGUGAGAUCAUAGUCUGGGGAGAUUCUGGCAUUACUGAGGCAAAGCAGGGAGGCUUCAUAUCACAUGUGGCUCCGGCUCUGACAGCGUUUCUGUUUCGAGCAGAUUCAUAUUCUUGGGCACUUAAGUCCAAGAUGGUGGAGGAGACAGAUCUGUACCUGGGCAGUGGCCUAUCCCUUGUGUACACAUUGAAAACACUGUCUGCCAUGUUGACUUAACCAGAGUCCAUUGUCCCUUCUUUUGCUGUGUGUUUUCCCCUUGCUGGUUUCUUUACAGAGGGCUAAGAUUGUGAAGCUAAGUUUUCCUCACACAGGGGAUGAUGAUAAACUCGCUGAGCCCUAUUUUAUGGAGCGAGAGGAGAUCGGAAAAGCUUCUGGGUUUCAAAGGCAGUGCAGAUUCUAAUCUGCAGUUCGUUCUUUAGAACCAAAUUUGAUCUUUGUAAGAGCCUCAUGAGGAUCUUCACCCUUGUGAAGAUCUGGGUAAAGUGUUUCCCCGGCUUCUGAUACACCCUGAAAUUUAGGGCCUAGAGCAGCGUUUCCCAGCGUGCGUUCCAAGGCUCAUUUGCCCCCUGAGAGUCUUCCAUAAUCAGGUGUGUGUGUGGAGCCCUGCGCUCGCCGUGUGCUCUCACCCUUCAUCGCGCUCGUUAGCAUCUUCACGGCCUUCAAGCUAUCCUCUCACAGGACAUUUCUAAACUAUUUGGACACAGCAGUCCGAUUUCCACAUAAGGCUAUUAAUAUCCACGGAACUAGUUUAUUUAAUAAUACACUUUGGGAAACAUCAGGCUAAAUUUUCACCAGGAAAAAUAAUUGGAUCUAGUCUAGGUUUAGGCACAGCCUAAUUCUGCCUUUGAUCCCCAUUCCCUCCUCCUGGCCCCUUGGAGAGCUCUCCUGUGUGAGCACAAGGGCGGCUGCCGUUAUCCCCAGGCUGGUGAAACCCAGAGCCCCACUGGCUUGGAACCAGAGGCCUUCGCUGUGCUGGGAUAGAAUCCUAAUGCGCCUGGCUAACUGGUGGUGAGCAGGGGCUUUGGGGCCAACGUGGUGGGCUCCCCGAGGAAACCCCUUGGAAACCAAUGGAUGCAUUCACGGGCUCGAGUCUCAAGAGGAAGUUUGAUGAUGUGGAUGUGGGCUCGUCAGUUUCCAACUCAGAUGAUGAGAUCUCCAGCAGUGACAGUGCUGACAGCUGUGACAGUCUCAAUGCUCCUACAACUGCCAGCUUCACACCCACAUCCAUCCUCAAGCGGCAGAAGCAGCUGCGGAGGAAGAAUGUGCGCUUUGACCAGGUGACCGUUUACUACUUUGCACGGCGCCAAGGCUUCACCAGUGUGCCCAGCCAGGGCGGGAGCUCUCUGGGCAUGGCCCAGCGCCAUAACUCCGUGCGCAGCUACACGCUUUGUGAGUUUGCCCAGGAGCAGGAGGUGAACCAUCGGGAGAUUCUUCGCGAACACCUGAAGGAGGAGAAGCUCCAUGCCAAGAAGAUGAAGCUGACCAAGAAUGGGACGGUGGAGUCAGUGGAGGCCGAUGGCCUGACCCUGGAUGACGUCUCAGAUGAAGAUAUUGAUGUGGAAAACGUGGAAGUGGAUGAUUACUUCUUCCUGCAGCCCCUGCCCACCAAGCGACGCCGGGCUCUGCUGAGGGCUUCGGGGGUCCACCGCAUUGACGCUGAAGAGAAGCAAGAGCUUAGAGCUAUCCGCCUGUCACGGGAAGAAUGUGGCUGUGACUGUCGCCUGUACUGUGACCCAGAAGCAUGUGCCUGUAGUCAGGCUGGGAUAAAAUGCCAGGUGGAUCGCAUGUCCUUUCCAUGUGGUUGUUCUCGGGAUGGCUGUGGGAACAUGGCUGGGCGCAUUGAAUUUAAUCCAAUCCGGGUCCGGACUCAUUACCUCCACACCAUCAUGAAGCUGGAGCUGGAGAGCAAGCGGCAGGUGAGCCGCCCUCCAGCCCCGGACGAGGAGCCCUCACCCAUGGCCAGCUGCAGCCUGACAGGAGCCCAGGGCUCUGAGACACAGGACUUCCAGGAGUUCAUUGCUGAGAACGAGACGGCAGUAAUGCACCUGCAGAGCGCGGAGGAGCUGGAGCGGCUCAAGGCAGAGGAAGACUCCCGCGGGUCUAGCGCCAGCCUGGACUCCAGCAUAGAGAGCCUGGGCGUGUGCAUCCUGGAGGAGCCUCUGGCCGUCCCCGAAGAGCUGUGCCCAGGCCUCGCUGCCCCCAUUCUCAUCCAGGCUCAGCUGCCCCCGGGCUCCUCGGUCCUGUGUUUUGCCGAGAACUCAGACCACCCAGCCGCCUCGGCAGUGAACAGCCCAUCCUACUUGAACAGUGGGCCCCUGGUCUACUACCAGGUGGAGCAGAGGCCAGUCCUGGGGGUGAAAGGAGAGCCUAGUACAGAAGAAGUCCCGCCUUCUUUCCCCAAGGAGAAGGAUCUGAAUGUCUUCUCUCUCCCAGUUACCUCACUGGUGGCUUGUAGCCCCACAGACCCAGCUGCCCUGUGUAAAUCAGAAGCGGGGAAAGCGUCUACGCUAGAAGCGCUAGUGCCCGAAGAUUGUAACCCCGACGAGCCUGAGAAUGAAGACUUCCGCCCCUCUUGGUCCCCCUCGAGCCUCCCCUUCCGCACGGACAAUGAAGAGGGCUGUGCGGUGGAGAAAGCCUCACAGCAGAGUGAGGACAGGCCCCCUGAAGAGUCCUCCCUAGAACUCCCUCUGGCAGUGUGACUCGGGGAUGGAGAUUCUGCCUCUGACCCGUUCUCUAUUUAUUCCCUUAUUUUAUCUAACACCAUUUCAAAACAAAACUGUAGAAGCAGCUGCUACUCCCACGUUAUUUUAUUGGGGUCUUUGGGGGAUGGGUGGGAAAGAAUUGUUUGUACGAGUAUUUUUUAAAGGGUAAACAGAACCAAGGAGACCAGUCCCGGCUUGAUAAGGGGAGUGUUGGGGCAGAGGAGGCUGCCCAGUGCUGAACACUGAGCUUUCUGGGCUACUGGAACAAAGAGCAAGGAUCUCACAGGAGAAGCUGGGUAAUUCGAGCAGCUAUUCUUUACGUAGGGACCAGAACACAAGAAUUUAAACAGCGUGGCAAAGCUCCUCCUCCUUUCCUGAGCCCCAGGUGGGGAACAAGCUCAUUUUUCUCAUCGGUCACCGAUAGCCCACUUUGGUGUAUCGUAACGCAGUUGGAGUGUCAUCUGGUCAAGUCUAGAGGGAUGGGUAGGAGGGUCUCUGCUUCUGUAGAAAACCUCCAGGAUUUAUAAAAACUUAACCAGCCUUCCCUGGCCCCCUAUUUGGUAAAUAAGUUAAUAUUUGACAUUUUGGUGUUCUCUGACCUGUUCCCCACACUGGGGAUUCCUGGUCUGUAACUUGAAUUAUUUCUUUCUUUCACAUGUUCUUAGGUACUAGAGUUAAACUUGUCUAUUUGUCUUUUCUCCCCUCUUUCUUUUUCCCUUGAAGAAGCAGCUAGAUUGGCUGGGGAUGUGGCCUAAAGAGCGUGAGGCUCGUGUCUAUGUAAUGCCAGCUCCGUCAGGCCGCUUCAGGCUGGGGCUCACACGUCCCACGGGAGGCAUAGAUGGUGGAGCGUUGCCUAUGUCCGAAAGAGGCAGCAGGAAAAGGCUGCUGGCCGCAAAGAAGAGGACUUCACCCGGGUUUUGCCCUGACUCUGGGAGGUUUGAGCUUAAAGGAAUGUAGGAUGUGGCAAUCUAAAGUCACCAACCAGUUUUGGUUCUUUUCUCCCUGUACUACCCUUGUGCUCCCUGCAGGGUUCGAGAGUCCUACUAUUCUAGUCCCCCGGCCCCGACAACUGCAAAUGUUUAUUGGAUCCUUCCAUCUUGAUAACAUAAAAAAUUGGAAGCCAAACUAAUUAAUUGCUAUAUACAGCUCCCAGGUUCCAAACAGUUCAAGUUCUGACUGUAACCUUAGAAAUCUAUAGAAUAGGACUCUAAUUCGGUUAGAAUUCCCUCCGUGGCGGGACACAGUUCCUGUUCCUCUUAGGUCCAGCUUAUAGUCUAGGAUGUGCUCCGCUGAACACUACUGAAUUCCUUUUAUUAGUUCUCUUUGCCUCCAUUUUAAAAUGGAGUCAGUAGGCAGCAAAACAACUCUCCUCUGGCAUCCUUUAGAUCACGCUGCACUUCUGGCAUGGUUUACUGACCGAGAAAUAACAAGCGGAAAACUGUUUGCUUUUGGUGGGGAGAGAACUCUUCCUACUUACCUUGCUCCCAGAGCCUCUCCUUGUGGGACGUUAAAGCACCCUUUAUGUACGUCACAGCAGCAUGGCCCCCGAAAGUCUACACAGAGCCGAUGUGGCCUGGUACUUAAACAGGUACAUCUUUUAGCCCAGUCUGCCUCUCCAGUUGAUUCCUGGUUUUGCUUGGUUUUACAUUUGGAGGGGAGUUCUUCAGUACAAGACCGUGUCUCGCCCCAUUCUCUAGCCUCACAAAACAAGAGUUGAGAGUCUUAAGCACCUGAGGUGUAGACACUAUCCCAAGCCAAGCCACACUCCCCCACAAUCGGCCAUCCCCUCGAAUACAAGGCUGGAGCUUAAUUGCAAAUUCGACUUUCUUCCUGAAAGCUUGUAUUGGAAGGGGAGGGUGGGCGCUAUACAUUUCCUCCUUAGGGAGGCUCCAGCCCCACCUUCGGAAGUGGAUUCUACCUGCUUAGUAAGAGACACUUUAGCCUUUGGGAUCAAACCAAGGAUUGGAAUCUCACUUUUAAACUCCUUGCCAGCCCCCAAAAGAUUUGAUUUUUCUGAAAAACUAGUUUCUUCAUCCAAGUCCAUCCCUCCAGUAACGACACUUGUGACUCCUGGUGAUCCCAAGUUUUUAAAUGCUGAAUAUUAACACUGAGCAUUAACUGUCUUGUUAAGCAAAAGGCCUUUUCUACAACCCAGUUCAUCUCGUUUCUGGUGCUACCUGAGCUGGACACGAUUCUAGCUCUUGGUUGCUAGAAAAGCUAAGCCUAGGCCUCCAAUCACAGGACCAGACAGCUUCGGUCCCCCUCAGUCUAGGCCUGGAUAAAAAGUCUAUUACUGCAACUCUGGUGAUUUUCCAGUUUCCUUUCUCGCAUUCUGUAUACAGGUAGUAUUUUCAAUGUGAAUCCAAAGCUUGUCUGGUUCUCUGAAAACAACAAAAAAAAUUUUUUUUGCCUUCUAGGUCCUUUACAUUGUGAUAAUGCUGUAUUUAAAGAGAAUAUUUAAAUGUAAUAUUAAAGAAAUAUCAAAAGAAUGGUGUGUUAUUUUUUAUCUUGGCAGGCCACAAUUUAGUUACUUGUUAGAGAAAGGGUGCUUCUCCAGCGUUGUAUAUAAAACUAAUUAGGUCAGUUAGAUGUUAAUGAGAGAAAUGUUUUAUGAUGGAAAAAUAGAACCUCCUCUUUGGAGCA